AUGUCUGACGAAGGAGUUUACCACAGCGCCCCCAAAACCGAAGAGUGCGUCGAAACAUCCACCAUGGUGGUGGAGCCUGAAACCGUCGAGAAGUCCGAUCGUGGACUGUUUGAUAUGUUUGGAAAGAAAAACGAAGAGAAGAAAUGCGAAGAGGAGGCGAUCUCAUCGGAGUUUGAACAGAAAGUUCAAGUCUCUCACCCGGAACCGGAGGAGAAGAAAGAAAGCUUGCUCGAGAAACUUCACAGAUCCGAUAGCAGUUCCAGUAGCUCGAGUGACGAAGAGUGUGAUGAAAACGGAGAGAAGAAGAAGAAGAAGAAGCCAUUGAAGGAGAAGGUCAAGGAGAAGAUCACGAAACAUGAGGACGAAACUUCUGUACCAAUUGAGAAAUACGAUGUAACUCCACUCCAGCAUGGACCUCCUGAGCCGGAGGAGAAGAAGGGUUUCAUGGAAAAGAUCAAGGAGAAACUUCCCGGCGGCCAUAAGAAGGAGGAGGAGCUUGCUGCUCCUCCACCACCACCGCCGGCGGUGGUGACACACGCCGAUGAAGGUGAACAGAAGGAGAAGAAGGGUAUUUUUGAGAAAAUAAAAGAGAAAAUCCCGGGGUAUCACUCAAAGAGUGAAGAAGAAAAGGAAAAAGAAAAGGUGAAGGAAUGUGAUUAA